AUGACACAGCACAUCACCGAGCUCACCACAUAUAGCCCGAUUCGUGUUCCUACGACUGCUGCAUCUGACAUUCCCGCCGUUGCUCUUGCACAUCCGACCGCAAUCGCCGGUGAUGUCAAUGGUGCACCAAGAGAUAUGGACGACGAGGUGUAUGCUGUGUCAUUACCUGUAGCACUCACUCUAUAUGGCCAACCCAGUGCCAACAUCAUGGUCAACUCUGAUGCAGUGCUUGGUCUGAACACAAUCGAUGGAAGUCUUGGAUACGCGUAUAUUCCCUAUCCCCGAUUCUAUGGAUCCACUGUCCUGGGUCUUUGGACAGAUCUCUACAUCUACAGGGACACACAGCAAGGCAUCUAUUACCAAGUCAGUGGGACUGCACCAAGUCGACAGACCACGUUUGAGUUUUACAUCAGUCAUAUCACCGACUGUUCGUCUUACUAUCACUUCCUCAUUAAAUUCGCCGAGGAUAAGCUCAAUUCUGUCACGUACCAAAAUCUCGACGUCAGCGAUCGUGGUCGCUCUGCUGUUGUUGGAGUGCAGAACAACGACUUGGGGCAAUCCAUGGAAUUUUCAUACAUGCAACCCGUCAUCUGUCCAGGAAUGCAGAUUACUUUCGAUACGACCCCCGGCAAGGGUUCUUACAAGAUCGACACUGCUGGUCAGUGUUAG